AUGCUUCGCUCGUUCGCUCCCAAGACCCGCACUUCGAGCCUGUGGCAGGCUAUCCGCGCAUACAGCUCCGCCAAGGAGUUCGACACCGUCGUUAUCGGUGCUGGUCCCGGCGGUUACGUUGCUGCUAUCAAGGCUGCCCAGCUCGGCCAGAAGACCGCGUGCAUCGAGAAGCGCGAGACUCUCGGUGGCACCUGCCUGAACGUGGGCUGCAUCCCGUCCAAGGCCAUGCUGCACAACUCGCACCUGUACCACGAGGCCCAGCACGGCUUCGCCAAGCGCGGAAUCGACGUCGGCGAGGUCAAGCUGAACCUGCCGCAGCUGCUGGCCGACAAGGAGAAGGCUGUGGGCGGCCUGACCAAGGGCAUUGAGUUCCUGUUCAAGAAGAACGGCGUCGAGUGGCUCAAGGGCGUCGGCACGCUCAAGUCUGCCAACGACAUCGAGGUGACCCUGAACGCCGGCGGCUCCGAGGCGAUCAAGGCCAAGAACAUCAUCAUUGCCACUGGCUCCGAGCCCUCGCCGUUCCCGGGCUUUGAGAUCGACGAGAAGCAGAUUGUGACCUCGACUGGCGCGCUGUCGCUGGAGUCGGUCCCUAAGAAGAUGAUUGUGAUUGGCGGUGGUGUGAUCGGUCUCGAGCUUGGCUCGGUCUGGAGCCGCCUUGGCUCCGAGGUCACUGUGGUCGAGUACAUGCCGGCCAUUGGCGCCGGUAUGGACGCUGAGCUGGCCAAGGCCUUCCAGCGCUCGCUGUCGAAGCAGGGCCUGAAGUUCAAGACCAGCACCAAGGUCAUUGACUCGGUCAAGAAGGACGGCAAGGUGCUUGUCAACGUCGAGUCGGCCAAGGGCGGCAAGAAGGAUACCCUGGAGGCGGACGUUGUCCUGCUGUCUGUCGGCCGUCGCCCGUACACCGAGGGCCUGGGCCUGGAGAACGCUGGCGUCAAGACCGACUCGCGCGGCCGCGUCGAGCUGGGCAACGAGUUCCGCACCAACGUGUCGAACAUCCGCGUUAUCGGCGACGUGACUGUCGGCCCCAUGCUGGCGCACAAGGCGGAGGAGGAGGGCAUUGCUGCCGUCGAGUACAUCACCAACGGCCACGGCCACGUCAACUACGACGUCAUCCCCAGCGUCAUCUACACCCACCCCGAGGUCGCCUGGGUUGGCAAGAACGAGCAGCAGCUCAAGGACGAGGGCAUCAAGUACAAGGUCGGCUCGUUCCCGUUCUCGGCCAACUCGCGUGCCAAGACCAUCGACGAUGCCGAGGGUCUGGUCAAGAUCAUCACCGAUGCUGAGACUGACCGCAUCCUCGGCGCCCACAUCAUGGGCCCCAACGCCGGUGAGAUGAUUGCCGAGGCCUGCCUCGCGAUGGAGUACGGCGGCUCUGCUGAGGACGUCGCCCGCACGUGCCACGCCCACCCGACCAUGGCCGAGGCCUUCAAGGAGGCGUGCAUGUCGGCUUACUCGAAGGCCAUCCACGCUUAAAAAUCCACCUCUACAUUAAAUUCCUUUUUCUACACAUCCUUUUUAUUCUAUUGGGCUCAGCUGUUUUCUACAUGAGUGACGCGCCGCCCGACUCGAUGGCCUCGAUUUCGAGCUCCGUCAGCGGUGACGGCCGGUAGCGUGCAGGCAGCUCCCAAAAGUUAAUCGCCUCCUGCACGUUGCCAGCAGCCGGGGCAGCUUCCUGCUGCUUCGCCCAGAGCGUCUUGCGGGGACCGAGGAACUUUAUCAGGGGGACGUGCCGGUGCCAUUUGUACUGUGCAGCCGCCUGUCUAACGAGUGAAGCC